UCUUUAUGAAUGCAGCAAUACCAAUUGCAGCUGUACUUAUAACAUUUGUGGUCCAUGCUCAUCUGACAAGAAAGGCUGACUUCUCCCCAUCCGUGGCAUUUGCCUCCAUCUCCCUGUUUCAUAUUCUUGUGUCUCCGUUGUUCCUGCUCUCCAGUGUGGUUAGAUCCACUGUCAAAGCACUAGUAAGUGUUCAGAAACUGAGUGAAUUCCUGUCAAGUGAGGAAAUUGGAGAAGAGCAUGAUAAAUCUUCAGAGCUAAGAAGUGCAGAUAAUCACAACAAAUACCAGGCGGUGCCACUCAAAGUUGUUAACCGCAAGAAGCCUGCCAGGGAGGACUGGAACAAUUACAGCUCUCACAUGAGAAGACCCAUUAACAUCACAGAAGCAGAUGAUUUUUGUGUAAAGAUCACAAAUGGAUUUUUCACUUGGACACCUGAAGGUCCUCCAGCAUUGUCCAACAUUGAUAUCCGAAUCCCUCAAGGUCAGCUAACAAUGAUUGUAGGACAGGUUGGUUGCGGUAAGUCAUCUCUCUUGCUAGCCAUACUUGGUGAGAUGCAGAAGAUGUCUGGGAACAUAUUCUGGAGCAGCUGUACUUCUGACAGUGAGACGGGGGAAGAUGUCAGCCCAGAGAAAGAAUCUCCUGUUGACAUGGAAUUCAGGAAAAGAGGAUCAGUAGCAUAUGCAUCACAGAAGCCUUGGUUGCUCAAUGCCACAGUGGAAGAGAAUAUCACAUUUGAAAGCCCUUUUAACAAACAGAGGUACAAAGCAGUAAUUGAUGCUUGUUCCCUCCAGCCUGAUAUUGACAUUCUCCCUCAUGGAGACCAAACCCAGAUUGGAGAGAGGGGUAUUAAUCUGUCUGGAGGGCAGCGCCAACGUAUCAGUGUGGCAAGAGCACUUUACCAGCAGACAAAUGUUGUGUUCCUGGAUGAUCCAUUUUCCGCACUGGAUAUCCACCUAAGUGACCAUCUCAUGCAAGAAGGGAUCCUGAAAAUGCUACGGGAAGACAAGCGGACCGUUGUGCUGGUAACUCACAAGCUGCAGUACUUACCCCAUGCUGACUGGAUAAUUGCAAUGAAAGAUGGUAACAUCCAGAGAGAAGGAACACUCAAGGACAUUCAGAAAUCAGAGACUGAGCUCUUUGAACACUGGAAGACAUUAAUGAAUCGACAAGACCAAGAGCUGGAGAAGGAGACUAUUAUUGAAAGAAAAACUGUUUUGGAAAGAACAAAUCUCCGGAGGACUAUGUAUUCCCGUGAAGCUCUGCUGAAAGAUGAUGAAGAGGAUGAAGAAGAAGUAACAGAAAGUGAUGAUGAAGACAACCUGUCUUCAGUGCUGCAUCAGAGAGCAAAGAUGCCCUGGAGAGCCUGUGGCAAGUACCUCAGCGCAGCGGGAAUCCUCCUCCUGCCGCUGCUGGUUCUGUCCCAGCUGCUGAAGCACACGGUGAUGGUGGCCAUCGACUACUGCCUGGCGCGCUGGACCUCGGAUGCCAUUUCUGGGAAGACAGAGCUAGAGCUGAAAAACUGCUCUCACUGUGCGGAUUUCAACCAUUCUCCAUAUUCAAAAGUUUUCAGCGUUCUCUGCUGUCUUGGGAUUGUAUUAUGUCUUGUCACAUCAAUAGCAGUGGAGUGGACUGGCUUGAAAGUCACCAAAAAGCUACACUCUUCUUUACUAAAUAAAAUUAUUUUGGCUCCAAUGAGGUUUUUUGAAACAACACCUCUGGGAAGUAUAUUGAACAGAUUUUCAGCUGACUGCAAUACCAUCGACCAGCACAUUCCAGCUACCCUGGAGUGCUUGAGUCGUUCCACUUUGCUGUGUGUAUCUGCUCUUGCCGUCAUCUCAUACGUCACACCAAUGUUUCUCAUUGCCCUGGUUCCUCUCGCAAUCAUGUGUUACUUCAUCCAGAAGUACUUCCGAGUUGCAUCACGGGACCUGCAGCAGCUGGAUGACAGCACUCAGCUACCAUUACUCUCCCAUUUUUCAGAGACUGUUGAAGGUCUUACCACCAUCCGAGCCUUCAGGUAUGAAGCCAAAUUUCGACAAAAACUUCUUGAAUACACAGAUUCCAACAACAUCGCUUCCCUUUUCCUUACAGCUGCCAAUCGCUGGCUGGAAGUCCGCAUGGAGUACAUUGGAGCAUGUGUGGUACUCAUAGCAGCUGUCACUUCUAUUACCAGUUGCCUGUAUAGUAAACUCUCUUCAGGACUUGUAGGCUUGGGACUAACCUAUGCUCUUAUGGUGUCUAACUACCUGAAUUGGAUGGUUCGUAAUCUGGCUGACAUGGAGAUCCAGCUGGGUGCAGUGAAAAGAAUCAAUGGCCUUCUCAAAACAGAAGCUGAAAAUUACGAAGGGCUCCUUUCUUCCUCACAGAUUCCCCAGAACUGGCCAGACAGAGGGGAGAUCCAAAUCCAGAACCUCAGCGUCCGAUAUGACAGCAACUUAAAGCCAGUGCUAAAGCAUGUUAAUGCCCACAUCUCUCCAGGACAAAAGAUUGGGAUCUGCGGCCGAACAGGCAGUGGAAAAUCCUCUUUCUCUCUUGCGUUUUUCAGAAUGGUUGACACUUUUGAGGGAAGGAUUAUCAUUGAUGGUAUAGAUAUCGCUAAGCUCCCCUUACAGACGUUGAGAUCCAGGCUGUCAAUCAUUCUCCAAGAUCCUAUUUUAUUCAGCGGAACAAUCCGGUUUAACUUGGACCCUGAGAAGAAAUGCACUGACAGCAUGCUGUGGGAAGCAUUGGAAAUAGCACAGCUCAAGCAUGUGGUGAAAGCACUCCCUGGGGGCCUAGAUGCUAUAGUCACAGAAGGGGGUGAAAAUUUUAGCCAGGGCCAAAGACAGCUGUUCUGCCUAGCAAGGGCUUUUGUGCGGAAGACGAGCAUCUUCAUCAUGGAUGAAGCCACAGCAUCUAUUGACAUGGCAACAGAGAACAUACUCCAGAAGGUAGUCAUGACUGCGUUUGCUGACCGUACUGUGGUUACAAUAGCACACCGCGUGCACACUAUUCUCAAUGCAGAUUUGGUUAUUGUAAUGAAGAGAGGGGUUAUUUUGGAAUAUGACAAGCCUGAGGUUCUGCUAGAACAAGAAGACAGUGUCUUUGCUUCUUUUGUACAAGCAGAUAAGUAAUAAAAAUAAAUGAAGCAUUUUAAAGUACAAUUGUAUUAUUUUCUAAAAAUGUAAAAUACCUGUAAAUAAAUAUUAUUUCAUAAUAAAU